AUGAUCCAAAAUUCAUUUAUUGACAGCUCCAAAAAGAACCCGAACGAUAAGCAACCUAUACCUGAUAAUAAUAGAAUUAAAAAUACUGCAUCUUGCAAUUUUUGUAGACAGAAAAAAGUCAAAUGCAACUAUUUAAAUGAUGGUCGAUGCAGGCAGUGUAUUAAUCAUAAUAUCGAAUGUAAAUCUGACCCGCAGAAAAAGAGGGGUCCCAAGGGUCCUGAAAAAGAAACUGGAUCGAAUACACCAUCUAGAGUUAGAACAAAUUUAUUUGAGAAUGGAUCAACUUUACGUUCCCUAAUUCAAAAUCUGUCGAACAGUAAUUUGUUUGAGAAUUCUUUAACAGAUAAUGAACGGACAUUACUUAAUUUAGUGCAGGCAUUACUCAAUCUAAUUCUAACCAGAAAUUUGAAUAGAAACUCUUCAAACCAUGAUGAAAUCCAUUUGGUGGAGGUUUUGUCUAGAACUCUAAUGACCAAUGAGCAAACCAGAAAUUUAGUUGAAAAUUCUUCAGGUAUAAAUAACAUGCGGUUAAACAACGACCCAAUGUUAACCGAUUCAACCCAAGAAAGUUUGCAAAGCAGAACUUGGGUCGAAAAUUCUUCGGUAAUAAAUAAUAAACAAAUGCUAUCUUCAAUAAAUAACGAGCAAAUGUUUUUACCAAGUGAAGAAGAUCGACAAAGGAAACGAAAAACUAUAAACUAUGAACCUGAUGUUGAGUUGCAUAGGAACGUUUCUAAUACAAAUGCUUUACGUUCUCCAAGCACAAGUUAUACGGUUUCAAUGCAUUCAGAUAACGAGCAACAAAACUUGUCUGAUUUACAAUUUCCAGAAACAACUCUACAGAAUUUUGCAGAUAUAUCAUUAACUGAAUUGAAUAAUCAAAUCUAUUAUUCCCCGAUCUUUGGUGGUACAUCAGAUAAUUCAUCUGACCCAUCGCCUCUUAUAACUGCGGAUUCUCAACCAAUGCCAAUGUUAGGUGAUACGUCACCUCCUAUUACUGCGGAUUCUCAAGCCAUGCCAAUGCAAUUAUCGGGUGGUGCGUCACCUCCUACUACUGCGGAUUCUCGAGCAAUGUCACCAUCACCUUUUACAAUUACCAAUCUCGUAACAGAUCCUCUAGCCACGCCGAUGCCAUUUCUUAAGUUGGUAUCACCUAUGAUCAAUUCCUCUACGGACCCUCAAACCAU